CAUUUCAGUAAUAUGAAAAAUGUGCUGAAGCUGAGUGAACGUGAACUUGGCAGUGGAUCAAAGUCUUCAUGGCAUGACCAGUAUAAGCAUAGCGCUUGGAUAUUUAUUGGAGGGUUGCCCUACGAUCUUACAGAGGGCGAUGUAAUCUGCGUUUUUUCACAGUAUGGUGAAAUAGUAAACAUAAACUUAGUUAGAGACAAAGGAACUGGGAAAUCAAAGGGAUUUGCAUUUAUAUGUUACGAAGACCAACGUUCAACAGUGCUGGCUGUAGAUAAUUUAAAUGGAUUAAAAAUUUUAAAUAGGACUAUUAGAGUGGAUCACUGUGAACAGUACCGAGCACCAAAUGCUGACAUGACAAAAGUAGAUGAUGUAACAGCCUCAAUUAGAAUGGAAGGCUGUGCUCCACUGAUUGCUAGAAACCCUGAACCUGUUGUGAAAAAACAAGAAAAUGAGGAAAAAGAUUCCAGAGAAACAGUGAAAGAAGGCAGAGUAAAAAAGAAGAAAGACAAGAAAAGUAAAAAGAAGAAAGAAAAGAAAAGUAAAAAGAAGAAAAAGAAAAGAAGUAGAAGUUCAUCAUCAGAUUCAGAUUCUAGUGAUUAA